AUGCCUUCAAUAUUGAACGAAGACGACAAACAGACGGUCAAGCGCACUGUCCCCAAAGCCUCCAACAAGAUCCACGCGGUAGCUGUCGCGAAGCUAUACAUUGCCUACCCGAACCGCUCACGAUGGAACUACACCGGCCUACAAGGAGCGGCAGUGCUUGCGAACGACCUCGUAGGCAACACUUUCUGGAUCAAGCUGGUAGAUGUCUCGCCAGCCAACAGAGGUGUGCUAUGGGAUCAAGAGAUCUACGACACCUUCCAGUACAAUCAGGAUCGCACCUUCUUCCAUACGUUUGAGCUGGAGGAUUGCUUGGCGGGUCUCAGUUUCGCGGAUGAAAAAGAGGCCAAGCAGUUCAAGAAGAAGAUGGACGAGAGGGAGAAGAAUGCACAUAAGAAUACAAGGAGCAAGCCCUUUGCCAACGGACCUGCGCAGAAUGUGGGUGCGUAUGGUGGAGGACAGCAGCAACAACCACAGGAGGCCAGUGGUGGAAAGAAGCAUGGUCUUCUUGGGCGCUUCUCUAGACACAAAGACCCCACACCGCAAGGUCCACCACAGAGCAUUAUCCCACCGAGAGGUAUCGAGAUCAACAACUCUCAUGCUCCGAGUCCGACUAUGACCCCGCCGAACAGAAGUCGCGCGACCAGUGCGAGCGAAAUCGAUCUGGCUGAUCCUGCGGUGCAAGCUGUGUUGGCGGAUCUGCUGCAGAUGGGCAUUACAGAAGAUCAGAUUGAGGAGCAUGCUGGUUUUAUUAAAAGUUACCUGGAGCAGAACAAAGCUACAGCAGCGGCAGACGCUGAGAAGAAAGAGCGAGCAGCGAGAGCCCCUCCGCCUCCACCCCCGAACGCUGCGAAUUUGAGCCCGCAAAACACUGGAAGUUCAGGAGGAAGAGGCCCACCUCCAGCUCCACCGCCAUCUAGAAGAAAGGCAGGCGGAGCUCCAGCUGUGCAGCGACCUCCAAGUCCUAGUCCAAGCCCACCGAGAGAGCCGUCCCCCCCACGGCCGAGAUUUGCUGUGCCUCCUCCAUUUGCAGGAGCUGGCACGAAAGUGGACGAUUCACCCAAAUUGCCAGGCCGCAAUAGAGCUGCGAGCCAGAGCAAUCCAGGCCCCCCACCACCUCCACGAGGUCCACCAUUGCCAGCAAAGGAGCCUCUCGACGAUGGUCUUACAGGACGGUUUGCUGUUCCUCCUCCAUUCGAAGGCAAACGUGUAUCUUCAAACCCAGCUCCACCUCCACCACCCAGAGGCAGUGCUGUACCUCCUCCGCCUCCGAGAGGCAAUGCAGUUCCUCCUCCACCGCCCCCACGAGACUCGCCAAAUCCAAGCUCAGGCUCUUUCUCAACAGAUGGACCGCCACCUCCACCGCCUCUCCCUCCCGCAUCGUCAAGGCCUGUCCCUCCAGCACCUGCAGCUCCUCCGUUGCCAUCUUCAGGCGCCCCUCUUCCACCACCACUCCCUCCAACCUCAAAUGUCGCCCCACCACCUCCUCCGCCAAUGCCCUCGGCUUCCGGACCUCCGCCCCCACCUCCCAUGCCACCACGCGGCGCAGCACCAGGGAUUGGCGAGGAUACUGCCGCAGCCGCUGCUCCAUCAGCUCCACAGCCCGGCCGAGGUGGUCUUUUGGCUGAUAUUAGAGGAGGCACAAAACUCAAGAAAGUCAGUGACACCGAGAAGAGGGAUCGCAGUGCAGCUGCUGUUCCAGGCAGUGAAGCUGCAAGUGCGCCGAGUGCCGCUCCUAGUGGCGGGGGCGGCGAUGCAGCGCAGGGUGGCCUUGCGGGUGCGCUUGCGAGUGCGUUGGCGGCGAGGAAGAGUAAGGUUAGUCACAGUGAUGAUGAGAAGGACGAUGAUGACUGGUAG